AUGAGAUUGGAUCGUACGGUUCGGUUGCUUUCACUGGUACAUUUGCUUGGCAGAUCCAACUCGGCCAUGGAAUCGCACAUGCGCGGCGCGCCUUUUGGGACGUGCGCCAAAUUAGGCGGGAACCUCACGUCCCAAUCAAACCCCGACUUGUGCAUCUCCACGUUUAGCAGCGCGGCAACCAUUGCAUCGGCGUCUGGAACUAGGCUCCAAAACCGCAUUUUAGAAGGUUCGGGAUUGCGAGUUAUAUUUCGUUCACCUCCGCUCUUCUUCUCCAACGCAUCCCACAGGGACCAUUUCGCGGCGGAAACAGCAGCAUUGCAUCGCGUUGGGCCGCCCCCUUUGUGUCAGCGACUCAGAUUCAAGCGAGGCGGCAGACGACAUCAGAGGCGGCAAGGGUGUUUGAUAUAUUUACCACAGCUUUCUAAACGCUCGCUUGGUAGAGUCACCAUGAAGCUUCCUCGCCCAGCUAUCCUUCUGCUGCUCCUCCUCGUCUCUGUCGCGCUGCUUCCGCUCUUCGCCUCCUCGCGCACUCUUCCGCCUAAGCAGCAGCCCACCGGGGGGGAGAUUCCGCCAGUCACGGGGAAAAACACCACCGCGCCUCCUCGCCACCCGCGCCAUGGGGGGAAUCGGACGGUAGCGGCAGGGAACCGAACGAAGGGCGGGCAUCCGAACAAGGGGCACCAUCGCGUGAACGGAACUGCGGCGGGGGGACCGAAGAGGGCGAACGGAACUGCGGCGGGGGGACCGAAGAGGGGGAACGGCACUGCAGCGGGGGGACCGAAGAGGGGGAACGGAAUUGUGGCGGGGGGACCGAAGAGGGGGAACGGCACUGCGGCGGGGGGACCUUCGCCAAAGCUGCCAGCGAACGGAAACGCGAAGAAUGGAAAUGCGCCGAAUGGUCAGAAGAACGGCGGGGCGCAGCCGAACAAGAAUGGCGGCGGGGGUGGCGGCGCACAGACGAACAAGAACGGUGGCGCGCAGACGAACAAGAACGGUGGCGGCGGCGGCAGCGGCGGCGCCAAUAAGCCCCGUCGACCGAAGCAAAUCGCUGAGGAGAACUGUAGCAGCAAGACUUCUUGGCCGGAAGUGGUUGGGAUGACGGGCGAAAAGGCUCGCAAUUACAUCUUGACAUCCAUGCCAGAGUGUAACUGGGACGUGCGAAUCAUACCGAGUAGGGGAUUCGCAACAAUGGAUUAUCGCACAAACCGCGUUCGUAUCUUCGUCGAUAAGGAGGGUAUUGUUCGCGUUCCUCCGAGAAUCGGCUAA